AGAGAGCCGGUAAUAUUCCCCCAAUCCCUUACCCUACUCUCGGCGGAGCGCACUUUCCAGAAGAAACGAGACGUCGCGAUCGGAUGGCUUUCGCAAUCGCCUUCCUCUCUUGCUCGCUCUCGGCUCCGGCCCUUUCCUCGUCUACAGUCCCCCUCUUCCAUCUCCAUCCUUGCUCCCUUCGCCUUCAGAUUGCGCCGCUCGUUCAUCGCUCCUUCGGCUCCGUCAGCGGAUUCCCACGGAAGAUUCGCUUGAACUAUCCUCGGUCUUUCAAUUCACCUGAUAUAUUAGGAUCUUCCUCCCCGAUCUCUGAUCAAGAUGACUCACUCCCGAUGCCCAUAGUUCAUAUGGAUCAAGAUUCUGAUGCUUAUGCCACAACUGUGCAACUUAGCUCUGGGGACCAUUUAGGAGCAGUAGUUGCCAAGUUGUAUAUUGUAUACUUGGGAGAGAGGAAGCAUGAGAAUCCAGAGCAUGUCACUGACUCACACCUAGAUAUGCUCACUUGUCUCCUUGGAAGCAAAAAGGAUGCCCUGACUUCUCUAGUUUACAGUUACAAGCAUGUCAUCUCAGGCUUUGCAGCCAUGCUUACAGAAGAGCAAGCAAAACAAUUAGCAGAGUCACCUGACGUGAGCAGUGUACAACCGAGCAGAAACUACGAGCUACAACCAACAUGGAGCUGGGAUUUUCUGGAGGUGCAGUAUGAUCAUCCGACUCAACUCCUCGAGAAGAGCAACUAUGGAGAUGACACCAUCACAGGAAUCGUUGAUACAGGGAUAUGGCCGGAAUCCAAGAGCUUCGACGAUGACGGCUAUCGAGUGAUACCAUCAUGGUGGAAAGGCGUGUGCCAGGUCGGCGACGCCUUCUGUGCGAAUGAUGAUACAAGGGAGGUGUUGGGGAACGAGGAGGCGGGAUAGUCGAGGAGAUGAAAUGAAAUGCAAAGCACGCUGUCCGGAGGUCCCUAGGGGAAUGUUAAUAAAUUUUGUUCCAUGAUUCGUUAUGUUAAAAUGAGUUGGAGACUAUGUGCAUGUUUUGUUCGGUGUCUUAUGAAUUUUCGUUGAAAAGUUUAUGUUAAGUUUGAGGUUCAUAUGUGAUACAAACUUUCUUGAGUCAAUGGUGAAUGUGAGUUUUAUUGCUU